GCAGCUGCUGCACCCACCCCCACCCUGCCCGGGCCUUUCUGCACCGUCAUCUCCUGCCCCGCCGAGGCUCGACCCGUGAGUGGGGCCGCCCAAAACGGGCCAGACCUGGAGCCCCACUCCCGGCUGUGGGAGGGACGGGAAACCGAGAUUGGGCAAAAUCAGCGCCCCGUCACCCGCUGCGGCCCUCGGGGUGAGGUCUGUGGACCCCGCCCUGCCGCAGGACUCUCAAGCUCUGGGACUGGGUGAGCUCUGGGAGGCCUGACAAUGGGCAACGCGCAGGAGCGGCCGUCGGAGACUAUAGACCGCGAAAGGAAACACCUGGUCGAGACAUUGCAGGCGGACUCGGGGCUGCUGUUGGACGCGCUGUUGGCGCGAGGCGUGCUCACCGGGCCAGAGUACGAGGCAUUGGAUGCACUGCCUGAUGCCGAGCGCAGGGUGCGCCGCCUACUGCUGCUGGUGCAGGGCAAGGGCGAGGCCGCCUGCCAGGAGCUGCUGCGCUGUGCCCAGCGUACCGCGGGCGCGCCUGACCCCGCCUGGGACUGGCAGCACGUGGGUCCGGGUUACCGGGACCGCAGCUAUGACCCUCCAUGCCCAGGCCACUGGACGCCGGAGGCACCCGGCUCGGGGACCACAUGCCCCGGGUUGCCCAGAGCUUCAGACACCGACGAGGCCGGGGGCCUGGAGGGCUGCGAGGCGGUGCAAUCCGGGACCCCAGAGGAACCAGAGCCAGAGCUGGAAGCAGAGGCCUCUGAAGAGGCUGAACUGGAGCCAGAGCCAGAGCUGGAACCCGAGCCUGAAGCAGAACCAGAGCCGGAACUGGAGCCAGAACCGGACCCAGAGCCCGAGCCCGACUUCGAGGAAGGGGACGAGUCGGAAGAUUCCUGAAGGCCAGAACUCUGACUGGCCGUGCUCCGCCCAUCCUGGAUAGGACCUGGGAUGCUGCUGGAGCCGAAUCGGAUGCCACCAAGGCUCAGUCCAGCCCAGUACUGCUGGAAGUGAAUAAACUCCGGAGGGUCCACCGGGACCUGGGCUCUCUCCACGAUUCUGGCUAUUUGCCCAGGAACAGAGGGUGGGUACCUCUGAGUCCCAGGGACCUGGGCAGCCCCAAGCCUACCACAAGCAUCAUCCAGUCCUCAGCCCUAAUCUGCCCUUAGGAGUCCAGGCUGCACCCUGGAGAUCCCAGACUAAUCCCCUUAGUGGGACAAGGACCUGACCCUCAUGCCCACAUACACAACCCAUUUCCCCUCAUGAGCCACUUGGCAGCCUGUGUAGGUACCAGCUCAACCCCAUGCAAGUCCCUGGGCUGAACAUGGAGCAAGGGGAGGGUGACUUCUCUCCACGGAGGGAGGGCUUAGAGCUCACAGCCUUGGGAAGUGAGAUUAGAAGAGGGGAACAGAAAGGGACCUUGGGUAGACAGAGGCCACACACAUCAUUGUCAUUACUGUUUUAAUUGUCUGGCUUCCCUCUGAACUGGGAGCUCAGUGAGGACUCUGACCAGUAACUUACACAAAAGGCGCUCUAUACAUAUUAUAAUAUAUUCAAUGACUAAAUGAACAAGGACUUUC